UGUCCCGUUGGUUUUCGUCUCGCAUCACUGGUAACGGAAAAGAAAAAAGGUGGCAAAGUAAGAAGAAAUAAAGAACGAAAAUAGAAAGAGAGAAAUGUCUUUGAACCGCAGCACCGUAGAUAAUGUUUACGGGGUGGAGGAUCAAGUCAGUCCGGUGGUGUACGUUAGUACGGCGACUGCGUUGGGAUUUAUCGGAUUCUUCGGCUUCACUAUGAACCUUUUGGUAGCGGUGGUGAUCAUAAAAGACGCGGAGACACUUUGGACACCUGUCAACGUGAUCCUGGUUAAUCUUAUCGUUGGCGACUUCCUGGUGGCCGCAUUUGGGAAUCCUGUUGCGAUGAUAUCCGCUAUCACAGGCGGAUGGUACUGGGGUUACAAAAUGUGUCUCUGGUACGCCUGGUUCAUGUCCACACUGGGAUUCGCCAGUAUCGGAAACCUAACAGUGAUGGCUGUUGAAAGAUGGUUAUUAGUGGUCAGACCCAUGAAAGCCUUGUCCAUAAGACACGCAAAGAUACUUGGAUUCUUCGUGUGGAUCUACGCACUCUGCCUCUCCCUGCCGCCGCUAUUUGGCUGGGGUAGUUACAGCCCGGAGGCAGGGAACGUGUCCUGCAGCGUAUCCUGGGAAGUCCACGACCCUGUUACCAAAAGCGAGAGCUACAUAGGAUUCCUCUUCAUACUCGGCCUGCUUGUCCCGGUCUUGGUGAUCAGCGGCAGUUACGCAGCGAUCAUACUGACUUUGAGGAGAGUGCGAAAGAGAGCAGGUGCAAGUGGAAGACGCGAAGCGAAGAUCACGAAAAUGGUCGCGCUAAUGAUCACGGCCUUUUUAAUCGCUUGGUCGCCUUACGCUGCUCUUGCAAUUGCCGCACAAUAUUUCGACGUGAAACCAUCAGCGUCGGUAGCUGUACUUCCGGCGUUAUUGGCCAAAUCCUCCAUUUGUUACAAUCCUAUAAUCUACGCAGGUUUGAACAGUCAGUUCUCCCGAUCGUUGAAGAAGAUCUUCAACAUACGAACAACGAGGAACACGACACCGGACAGUCAGAACACCGCGCUCACGAUGGUGAACAGGCAAGAGCAGAGAAACUGAGGACAAUGUCGUCGUAAAUAUCCGUAGCCGCGUAGACGUUCGACGAAAUUGCAAAUAGAACGAGGAAUACUAUUCAAAGAACAUCCAAGGGAAUAAAACUCAAAGAGAGAUAUUAUGGGAAGAUGAAUAUAUCUGAACAGAAUCGUUUGAAUAAUUUCCGCCUUUUCUCCUAGUCUCUGACACUUAAGCUCCCGAACCGUGACGAGUAUCGAAUUCAAAGUAGAAACAGUCGGGAGGAAAUGAAAUUCGGGGACAAGCAUCAACGUUCAG